AUGACUAGUCAACUAGACGACGAAGGCCUGCAUCCAAUGGUCUCAACCCUUCUCGGUGGCGGCACCAUCCCCACGGCGCCAGCCAAAACGUACAGUCGCGAGCGAAUGAUGGAGCUGAGAACGACGAAAGAAAGUAUGACGAGGCCUGAAAACCUGUCAGAAGAAUACAAUGGGUUGGUAGCAAAGGUUCUGCCACAUUUAGUCAAUUCUUUUAGCGACGACGGAAAAUUCUCUCCGUUUAAAUGGCUUGAGCACCGGUGGGAAAUCGAAGGAAUCAAAAAUCGUCCAAUGUCGAAAAAAAUCGAAUCGUUAUGCGCUGGCGCUGAUGAAAAUACGGGUCUUUCUCCGCAACGGAGAGCAUUUAGCAGUGGCUGCAAAGCACCGACAGAUGACAAGGGACGAGACGGUAAAUAGACAAAAACUGUGUAUUCUGUGAAAACGGGUAAUGGGUUGUAGGUGAAUACGAAAGAUUGGGAGGUCAUGGAAAGAACUGGAGAAAUGGAAGCAACGGAGGUGCGGACAAGUAUGCAUCGAGAGGAAACGACUUCAAAACGUCAUUCGUACGUACAACUUCUAGCAUUUUCUGAGAUCUUUUCGCAUUUUUCAGCAAAAAGGCGGCCAACUAGAUCGCGGCGCUCGUGGAACCGACUGGAAGAAGGACGCGACUCGUGGCACCAAAUUCGGACAACGCAGGUUCCAGAAGCGUCUCAUUUCAGCAAAAUUUUUUAGUUAUUUAAGAGAUGAUCGUCUUGGAAGUGUGAGCGGAAGCGAGAAACUUCCGGAAUGGGCCGACGGACCGACCACGAUGGACGAUAUGAUCGAGUUGCGCGGAUUUGACGAACCCAAAAGUACACUGAUCAUUGCUUGUUUCAUAAUAAACAUCCGCUUGUUUCAGAGGGAAAAAACAAGAAGAAUCCAAAAGAAAAGAAGGAGAAAGAAACGGCGAAGUCUGCGGACGUUCCCGAAUGCGCUGGUUCGCGUCCUUCUUCGAACAAGGCGGCCGUGGAGCUUGAUGACCCAGCAAUCGAGUCUGCUCAAUUGGCCUACAACCAUUCGACGGGAGGCGGCGGAAUUCUUCCGGCGUCCGAUCACGAAUUGGCCGCGCUUCUCGGCUGCCUGGACAUUCAGAAGACGUCUCGGAAGGCGGGCGGCAAGGACGAAACAUGGCCACAAGCCUCCGAGGAGUCGGCCGCCGGGUCCAGUCGUCUCAGCCGGUUCUUCGGCAAAAAGAGCAAGACUCCCGAGUUGGAUCAAAUGCUCGCUUCUGGUGGAGCCGCCCACAACGAAGAGAACGUGGCGAAUCCGAUGCUCGCGAAGCUGUUCGGUCACAGCAGUGGCGGGGACUGCAAUGGACCGGCAUCCGGUCCCAGCGAUAUGAAGGGCGGAAUGCGACUGGAGGAUCUGGAGAAGGGGAUCGAGACGAAGGAACCAUCGAAAAUCAGCCCACUGCAGGAUCCGUUGCAGCACGCGCAACUCCUGCACCAUCUGCAGAAGGUGGCGAAGCACCAAGCGGAGGCCGCUGCUCAACAGCAACUACAUCAUCAGAGACAGCCAACUCCGCCGAACGGAGCUCCACAACACCCGCUUCAUCAUCCGAUGAUGCACCCGGGAAUGCCAAUCGUCGCUGAUCCGGCUCUUCUGGCAAGUUUCGCUCAGAACCCGAUGGUUUUGAACGGAUACGUUGAGAAUCAACUUCAGGAGGCGAUCAGCGCGGCGGUUCGUGCCAACAACGGCCAACCGAUCCCGCAGCAGCUUCGUAAGUUUUGCACCGAUCUUCUUACCUAAUUAUUCAAGCUAUGCUUCCAGACGAGCAGCUUCGGAUGGCUUCGGUCCGCAACAAGGCGUUCCUGCAGUCACAGACGCUCACGUUCGUCCAGCUGCAGCACCAACAUCAACAGAUCGCACAGGCUCAUCAGCAGCAGCAGAAAGGACGCACUCCGGCCAUGAUUCCGGCUUCAGUGCAACGCCAACUGCAGAAGAGCACGUCGAAUGCGGAUCAGAAGAAGGAGAAAUCGAGCCAGAGUCCCCCGGAGGGCGCUCAAGAUCCGUCUGAAUCUCAUUCUCACGCCGACAUGGCGAGCCAGAUGAAGAAGUUGCAUCUGCAGCAGAACUAUGCCAAUAUCGUGCAGGCGAUGAACUCGGGACUCGGUUUCCGUGGUAAUCCAGCGGCUGCGGCUGCUGCUGCUGCUGCUGCCGUCCAACAACAGCAACAACAACUUCCGCCGAACGUGCAGAUCCUCAUGGCGCAGGCUCAACAGCAGCAGCAGCAGGCGGCUCAGCUUCAUCACAUGAAAAUGAUGAUGGGACGUCAUCAGCAGCAACAGUUGCUCAUGGCCAAGCUAUUGCAGAUGCAGCAACAUCAACAGCAACAGCAUCAGGUAAUUAUAAAGGUUUGGGAGGAGUUUCGACGGGGCUCAUUUCAGAUGGCUAGCCUUCAGGAGAGACAAAUAAGUCAGCAUCAACAGCCAGUUCCGUCCGAACUUGCGCAGGUACGCGCAUAGCUUUUCUUUACACAUAAAAAGUUAUCUUUUCAGGUUGGACCAAUCCAGACUCCACUCGAGAAGUUGCUGGCUUCGGUUGGAGUCCAAGGAUCUCAGUUCACUGGUAAGCCCCUUCUGAAUCCAAUCUAAUUCCUCAUAAUAUCAUUUUCAAGGAUCCGGAGAUCGCAUUCCUUCGUCGGCACGCCCAAUGUCUCUUGAGGACCUCGAGAAGCAGUUGACGGCCAAGCAAAAGUAG